AUGCCUGGUUUGGGCACAAUGGGAGGGACUAACCUAACUUCCUCUCAAAUACAAUCAGGAAGGUCUGCCCCAUCCUCUUGUACCCAUACUCCUGCCCCUGCAGCUGUGCCGCCUCAUGUAUAUUCCCCCAUGUCUUUUAGUCAGAUGACAGAUCAUGAAGUACUUGAUAUGGUUGCCCAGAAUAUGAUUGUAUUAAAAAAAGAAUUUUCCCAACUACAAGGCGCUUAUGAAGCACAACACAAUCAAAUAGCACUAUUAAGGGCUGAACUGGAAGAACAUUGCAAUCAAUUGUGCAACCAACAUAUUUUCUAUUCCAAUCAAAUCCAGGGAGCUGCUGCUUCCAUCCAAGCUGUGCAAGAUCAGCUUAUUCAUUCAUCUCCCUCUUGCCCUACAGCUCCUCCUCCUGUCCCACCUGUUGGCACUGCAGCUGCUACCAAUCCUCUUCCUGCUCCUGCAACCUCCAAUUCUGACUUAAAGUUUGCCAAGCCCAACAAGUUCAGCGGCAAAAAGGAGGAUGCCCUUAAUUUAUUAUUGCUUGUCAGGCCUAUAUAA